GUAAAAUCAGUAGCUGAAGAGCGUUUGAGCUCUUCCGUGGAUUAGUCCUGGAAAUCUUCCAGGGAUACCACGUUAACUUCGGUGUCUGUGUUUGAUUUCAUUUCCGUAUCGUUAUCAAUCUGCUUCUGCUUCUGUUAACAUGGUAUCAGAGCCAACCGCGACUGAAUCGGCGAGGCCAGCGGUGCGCCUCACAUCAACAAAUUAUGCUCUCUGGGAAUUUCAAUUCCGCGUUUUCGUCGAGGGACGGGGAUUGCUGGGUAUUUUGGAAGGAACCAUUCCGCAACCCAAUGCUGAAUCUGCCACGCCACAGGAGGUGACCUCUUGGAUCCAGAAUGACGCAAGAAUCCGAUCAUGGCUGCUUGACACGGUUGAUCCGUCGACCUGCCUAAGCCUACGGUUGUUUCCUACAGCAAACCGGAUGUGGAGACACCUGGCAGGUCUGUAUUCAACCACCAAUGCCGCAAGACAAUUCGAGGUGGAGACUGCUCUAGCACGUCUGCAACAAGGAGAUAGAUCGAUCACUGAGUAUUUUAAUGCUGCCCAAGAAUUAUGGACGGAGCAAGACAUGAUUCAUAUGGCGCUGCGACCACAAGCCAUGUCUGACGAUAUGAUCGCUGAACGUAUCCAGUCCCGAGUCAUGCAAUUUCUUAUGAGACUGCGGCCUGAAUUUGAGAAUAUUCGGGCUACUAUUCUGAACAGGGAUCGGAUCACGUUUGAUGGCGUGAUUAGUAGUUUGGUUCGUGAGGAAACCCGCUUGAGAACUCAAGCCCAAUUUGAUGUACGACCUGGCGAAGGAGAAACAUUCACCGCAACUACCGACUCCUCAACAAGGUCAGGUACAGGAUAUCGUUCCCAUGUUUUGGCUGUGACUCGUCCUCAAUUCAAUUCUAGGGUACCUAAUGCUGAGCUAGAGUGCCAUCAUUGUCAUGAGAAGGGUCAUUUGGUCAAGCAUUGCCGUCGUCGGAAUUACUGUGUAUAUUGUAAAAGGAUGGGGCAUAUAGUCUUGGAGUGUCGUACUCGUGAGCGUAAUGCAGAAAGGUACAAUGGCAAUCCACUAAUGGCAGGUGGUGGACGAGGGCCACAAGGUUACAAUGGAAAUCCACCACUAGCAGGAGGUGGACGAGGGCCUCAAGGUCGUUCUCGACCUGCAUAUGUUGUCGAACAAGGAGAAUCUAGCGGGUCAGGUGCUGGAAGUAUCUCGGCAGCCCAGAUAGACCAACUUGUUCAAGCUGUGGCUGCUCUCCAAAACUCCCUUCCCACGGCGAUCGGUACGGCGUUGUCCACUUUACAAGGACUUGAAGACGGGGAAGCAGAUCGGAAGGGGGAGUAAACAGGGGAGGAUAUUCCACUUGGAGGAGCUUCAAGACAGCUCGAGUUCAGCAUCUUCCUCAUCGAGUCAGUUAUCCAGUAGUCCUUUUGGGUCUAGGUCUGUCAGUAGUCCUUCUCAGUCUUUUGAAACUUCGUCUGUUGUCGGUCCAGUUUUUUCUAGUUUAUCAAAUAAAGUGUGGGAACUUUGGCAUGCCCGUCUGGGGCAUCCACACUCUGGGCGUCUCUCUGUUAUGUUUAAACAAUCUCUCCUAGGAAAGAAUGUUGUUGGAACUUCAGCCAAACACUCUUGUACCAGUUGUGUGGAAGCUAAAACAUCUACUAUUUCCUUUCCCUCAAGCACUACUGUUAUAAAUGAG